GAGCCCAGGCAGACUAAGCAGGAGCUGGUGCCUUGGUUCCCUAGCCGGGCAGCCCAUCAGUAACCCCAACCAUGCAGGGAGACUGGGUGCUGCUGUUGUUUUUGGGUCUCAGGAUCCAUCUGUCCUUUGGUAUCAUCCCAGCUGAAGAGGAGAACCCGGCCUUCUGGAACAAGAAGGCAGCUGAAGCCCUGGAUGCUGCCAAGAAGCUGCAGCCCAUUCAGACAUCAGCUAAGAACCUCAUCAUCUUCCUGGGAGACGGGAUGGGGGUACCCACAGUGACAGCCACCAGGAUCCUAAAGGGGCAGUUGGAAGGCCAUCUAGGACCGGAGACACCCCUAGCCAUGGACCUCUUCCCAUACAUGGCUCUGUCCAAGACAUACAACGUGGACAGACAGGUCCCAGACAGCGCAGGCACAGCAACCGCCUAUCUCUGUGGGGUCAAGGCCAACUACAAGACCAUCGGCCUGAGUGCAGCUGCUCGAUUAGACCAGUGCAACACCACAUUUGGCAAUGAGGUCUUCUCAGUGAUGUACCGUGCCAAGAAAGCAGGGAAGUCUGUGGGAGUGGUGACCACGACCAGGGUGCAGCAUGCCUCUCCAGCCGGCACCUACGCACACACGGUGAACCGUAAUUGGUACUCAGAUGCAGAGAUGCCUGCCUCUGCACUGCAGGACGGCUGCAAGGACAUCGCCACUCAACUCAUCUCCAACAUGGACAUUGAUGUGAUCCUCGGUGGAGGCCGAAAGUUCAUGUUUCCCAAGGGGACUCCAGACCCUGAGUACCCAAGUGACAGUAACCAGUCUGGAACCAGGCUGGAUGAUCAGAACCUGGUGCAAACGUGGCUGUCAAAGCAUCAGGGAGCCCGGUAUGUUUGGAACCGAUCAGAGCUCAUUCAGGCAUCCCAGGACCCAGCAGUAACUCACCUCAUGGGCCUCUUUGAGCCAACAGAAAUGAAAUAUGAUGCCAACCGAAACCCCUCAGUAGACCCUUCCCUGGCGGAGAUGACAGAGGUGGCUGUGCGCAUGCUCAGCAGGAAUCCACAAGGCUUCUACCUCUUUGUAGAAGGGGGUCGUAUUGACCAAGGCCACCAUGCGGGCACAGCUUACCUGGCACUGACUGAGGCUGUCAUGUUCGACUCUGCCAUCGAAAAGGCCAGCCAGCUUACCAAUGAGAAGGACACGCUAAUACUCAUCACUGCUGACCACUCCCAUGUCUUCGCAUUUGGUGGCUACACACUUAGGGGGACCUCCAUCUUUGGUCUGGCCCCACUCAAAGCCCUAGAUGACAAAUCCUACACCUCCAUUCUCUAUGGCAAUGGUCCAGGUUAUGAGCUGAAAUCAGGCAACCGGCCCAAUGUCACCGAAGCUCAGAGUGUUGAUCCCAACUACAAGCAGCAGGCGGCUGUACCCCUGUCGUCAGAGACCCACGGCGGGGAGGACGUGGCCAUAUUUGCGCGCGGCCCUCAGGCACACCUGGUGCACGGAGUUCAGGAGCAGAACUACAUCGCGCACGUCAUGGCAUUCGCAGGCUGCUUAGAGCCCUACACCGACUGCGGCCUGGCGCCCCCUGCCGGCCAGAGCCCCGUCAUCACCCCGGGCCAGGCCACCACCACAAACAACGCGGCCGGCCAGGCCACCACCACAAACAACGCCGCCGGCCAGGCCACUGUCCUGCUGUCCUUGCAACUGCUGGUCAGCAUGCUGCUGCUAGUAGGGACAGCCAUGGUGGUGUCCUGAUGGUCAGGUCCUCCGCUGGGCCCCCCGCUAGGCUCCUCCCCAGGGUCCCACCGCUGGUUACUUUCACACCCCUCUUGCCAUAGAUUUCCUGAGCCCAAUCAGUUCCGGGUUCACCGUUUUCUACACAAGGGUCUCAAUGCUAGUUUUUGCACCCCAACUUGGUAGUUUUCUUAUCCAGAUGUUGAGACAUCAUCUCAGCCCACAGCUCUAAGGGCCACCUCUGAGAAAACACUCUGGGAUUUAUAAUUUGCUUUAUAACUCUAGGCUUCUGCUUUUCAACUGACUUCCUCUGGAGUGGGGAGGUACCAACUGAUUUCCAGAAGGCUAAAGCACGGCGCUGCCCCAGACUCCCCUUCAAACCACCACCCUUCACAGGGACCCAAGUAACUCAUAUUUUCAGGUCUUGGCUUUUUCCCAUGCAAAAGAAAUCUCAAAAGUCCGGGAGGCUGUGGGGUCUCAAGCAAGCAGCCCAGAGCAGCCUUUGGCCCCCACCCCUGGUCCAUCUCAGGCUGCAUAUAGAAACUGAACAAAGAAUAUUAUUAGGUUCUUGUCCCCAGUCCUAGAAGAGACAUAACAAUAAUAAAAUUAACUGUUUAUAUAA